AUAUAAAUAUUGUCGGAGAAGAGUUAAUAUUGUCAUAACAAAUUGUGUUGACAAAAGUUAAACAGCUCAAGUAACCAUGAAGUAUCUCGUGAUUGUUGCGAUAUUCUUCGUCUCAGCACAAGCAAUUGACCCCAAAAUAGUCGCAGAAUUUAUGGAAAAAGUUACAAGAUUUGGAGAAAAGUGUAUGGAAGAGACGAAAGCAACGAGUGAGGAUGUUGCCCAAAUCAUGGCACAUACAAUUCCAGUCAGUCACGAAGGAAAGUGCAUGAUCUCGUGUGUCUACAAAGCAUUCAAAAUCCAAAAUGAAGACGGAACCAUGAACUCUGAAGAAACAUUGAAGCUGAUGGAGAGGAUCAAAGAAAGCGACGCAGAAUUAUUCGAAAAAAUGAUGAAAAUAAUGAAAACUUGCCAUGGAAGGCCAGAACUUAUUGUCUCAGAUCCAUGUGUGACAGCUGUCAAUGUGGGGGUAUGUGCAGUGAUUGAAGGAAAAGCGCUCGGCAUCAAAUCCGAAAUGUUUGGAAUGUGAUAUUUCUAUUGGAUUUUUAAAUAUAUGUUUUUAAACCAGAUGAUCUGUUAUUUGUUCAAAUAAAGCAAUUAUACGUUUUUGGUAUAGUAA